CACUCUCGCGUGUGCCGCCGGCUUUGUUGACGUGCGCGGCCUCGGCUCCUCCUUUUUCUUCCAGCCAUGAUUUGCUUGAUGCUGACGAUUUUCGCGCACAUUUUCCCCACAGCAUGGACGGGGAUUAAUGAGCGUACAUUUUUGGCCAUAAAGCCGGAUGGGUGUCAGCGGCGCCUUGUCGGAGAGAUCAUCAGGCGAUUCGAGAGGAAGGGCUUCAAGCUGGUGGCCAUGAAGAUGAUGCACGCAUCACAGGUAUUGUUGAAGGAGCAUUACAUCGCCCUUCGAGACCGGCCAUUCUACGAGCGUCUUGUAAAAUAUAUGAGCUCUGGACCAGUGAUCGCCAUGGUAUGGCAGGGGCUGGAUGUAGUGAAGACUGCUCGUGUUAUGAUGGGGGAGACCAACCCAUCUGAUUCCUUGCCUGGUACCAUCCGAGGGGAUUUCUGUAUAGAUGUCAGCAGAAACGUCAUACAUGGCAGUGACUCCACGGAGAGUGCCCAGCGCGAGAUUGCUCUAUGGUUUAAAGACGACGAGUUGAUCUGCUGGGAUCACAGUGCCGAGAGCUGGAUCUACGAGUAAUUCAAUAAGGAACAGAGAAAUUCGAGCUGUUACAGGGUACAAGGUGGAUUGUUCUCG